UCCCCCAUCCGCAAACCCGUCCCCGCUUCUCCCUCAACCAGAGUCGACCGCUUCCUCUCCACCAACCACCCCCCUAGUUCUCCCAAACCAACCACCCACCGCCCCGCAGACUACACGACGACUGCCGAGGUCGACGCCGAGAACAGCCGCCGUCUGGCCGCCCAGCAAACGACCAAGGCCGGCGGCUGGGCCUCCAAGUCCCUGCUGGAGCGCGAGAUGGAGCGCGAGCGCGAGCGCCAGCGCGAGUGGGAGGAGAGCCAGAAGCAGACCCAGGCGGCCGCCGCCCGCGGGCUGCGCGACGGCUCGCUGGGCUCCGGCCCCGGCCAGGGCGCCUGGGACGUCCACCAGUACGGCUACAUGGGCGGCGACAACCAGAACCGCGGCGGGCCCGGCUUGGGCGUCGGCGGCGCCCGGAGGCAGAUUAUUGGGCCGCGGCCUGCGCCGUAA